CAUUGCUGCUUAAAAUGCUGUGAAUGUGACAGCCAAUCGACCAGACUGCCAGCCUCGGCUUGGGGAGGGAAUGUGGAGAAACCUCCGUGAGGAAAAUGCGCGCGAAGUGACGCGACACGCGCCGCUCUACAAGUGCUCUGACUAUCUUCCACGAACAGCGCGAGAAGCGGGGCGCGAAAACUACUCGCCCUUUUGAGGGGACAAACAUGACUGUGGUGCCCGGGGAGAACCUCGACGAGACUGUGGCAUUGGCAGCCCUGUCCCAAGAUGUUUACGACCCUGAACGGGCGGACCAGGAGUGCUGCGAGCGGGUGGUCAUCAACAUCUCCGGUUUGCGCUUCGAAACCCAACUGAAAACAUUGGCGCAGUUCCCUGCCACCUUACUUGGUGACCCCAGGAAAAGAAUGCGCUUCUUCGACCCACUGAGGAACGAGUACUUUUUUGACAGGAACAGACCGAGCUUUGAUGCCAUCCUCUACUACUAUCAGUCUGGAGGCAGGCUGAGGAGACCCGUUAAUGUUCCUGUGGACAUCUUUAUGGAGGAGAUCAAAUUCUAUGAGUUAGGUGAAGAAGUCAUUGAGAAUUUUAAGGAGGACGAGGGUUUCAUCAAGGAGGAAGAGCGACCUUUGCCCGAAAACGAGUUUCAGAGACAGGUCUGGCUGCUGUUUGAGUACCCCGAGAGCUCUGGACCCGCGAGGGGCAUCGCAAUUGUCUCGGUGCUCGUCAUUUUGAUAUCAAUUGUAAUAUUUUGCUUGGAGACUUUACCGGAGUUUAGGGAGGAAGGGAAAAUGUACGAGGAGCACCUCGCAUUCAAUGGGACUGCUAGUUCGAAGAAGCCCAAUCCUUUCACAGACCCCUUCUUUAUCGUAGAGACCCUUUGUAUAAUCUGGUUCUCCUUUGAAUUGCUCGUGAGGUUUCUCGCGUGCCCAAGCAAGCCCGCCUUUUUCAAGAAUAUCAUGAACACGAUCGACAUCGUGGCCAUCAUUCCCUACUUCAUCACAUUGGGUCUGGAGUUGGCCGAGCAUCAGGGCAACGGCCAGCAAGCGAUGUCUCUGGCCAUCCUGAGGGUCAUUCGCUUGGUGCGGGUGUUCCGCAUAUUCAAGCUCUCCAGACACUCGAAGGGGCUUCAGAUCCUGGGCAAGACCCUGCAAGCGAGCAUGCGGGAACUUGGUCUCCUUAUAUUCUUCCUUUUCAUUGGAGUUAUACUGUUCUCCAGCGCCGUGUAUUUCGCCGAGACAGACGACCCCGACUCGGGGUUCAGCAGCAUCCCCGAUGCCUUCUGGUGGGCAGUGGUUUCCAUGACAACUGUGGGCUACGGAGACAUGUGCCCAGUCACCAUCGGUGGCAAAAUAGUGGGCUCUUUAUGUGCCAUCGCUGGUGUGCUCACCAUUGCACUUCCAGUGCCCGUCAUCGUGUCCAAUUUCAAUUACUUCUAUCAGGAGACCGAGCACGAGGAGCAGAUGCAGUACACGCAUGUAACGUGCGGCCAGCAGCAGCCCUCGUUUGGUGAAUUUAAAAGGAGCGACAGCAAAGCGUCCCUGUCUAAAUCAGACUAUUUGGAUUCAGAGGACGGAGAUUCAGUCAAGUACACCAACUGCAGCCCACAUAAAGCAUACACGGGGAAGCUCACCGACGUAUGAAGGCAGAACGCCAACAAUUAUAAACCCAAAGAAGCGCACCUUUCUCCGUGAGCACAUCCUCAUCCCUCGCGCUGGCUUGAGUAGAUCUGCGAGGAACGCUUCAUUUGGAAACGACGACAGCGGAUAACACUAUGACGUGAUGCGCGAUUGUUUUCUGAACUGUCUUCCAUUCUUGUGACUGUAGAUAAUCGCGAGACGUAGUUAUAUAGGCGCAUGAAUUAAAAAAGAGGAUUAAAUAGAACGUAUGUUAUAUUUAAGCAAGCCCGUUUAAAUCCAUUUGUAGCACUUUAUCCGUAUACUAAACUUAGUCCACAAAUUAGCUGACCUAUUAGUUUUUCAGAAAUUCGAUGUCAGACGUUUACAAACAAAUAGCUAAAUUGAAAAAGGAAUAGUAGGACCAAUAUGUAACUUUUUUUUUUUUUUUUUUUUCUAGCGAGGGCAGUUCAACUGCAAGGUCAUUUGGGGGAAAAACGACUUGCCCCAGGUUAUUAAAAUAAUAUUAUUAUUGUAAUAAUGCGUAACGUUAAAUUUGGAAAAUUGAGCAACGCAUAUCUCCGUUUCGUUUUGGGGAAGAUCAGAGAAUAUCAGACCGGCUUUGUGAUUGUUAAUUUUAAUUUUUUUAGGCUGGCACUGCAUUCGCAUUGAAAGGUUAUGGCAUCUUGAAAUUACUUGAUAGCAUUAUUCGAACUACGCAGUAGCACUUCAGGGAUAGACUUACGCCGAUAAGCAACACGACGCUUUUUAAUUUCUUCAUAUUAUCAACAGAUGUGCAAGGGAUGAAUGAAGAGAGCCUCGAUUUCAACAAUGUGCGUUCAAAUAUGGACACUAGUUCGUUUUGAAGUACGCUAGCGUUAUCUAGUGGCCAACUGUGAGAACUGCAAUCUUUAAAAUGUGUUUCCAUAGCAACUUUUUCCAGACGGUUCUGGUGACAUUGGGCUAUUAUUGUUCACCUAAUUUACUAACAUGAAAAACGGCUUCUGGUGCUUUCAUUUAAAAAAAACAAAACAAAAAAAAACAAUACAAGGUAAAUUCACGAAUUAUGUUAAAUUAAAAAAAAUAAAAAUAAAAAUAAUCAGCCUUAUUAGGCCUAGUUAAACCCAAAGAGCCCACAGAAGCUUAUCCAAUAUAUGAAAUGUGAACACAAAGGAACGAUAUAACUCCAUAUGAAGUCCACUUCCCUAAAAAUGGAGAAACAUUUUCAUUUCUGCACUGCAACAGCAUCAAGAGGGGAUCAUGAAUGCUGAACAAAAAGGGAUUCAUUAUGACGUCACUGUGAGAAAGGAAAAACUCAUCUGCCAUUGGCUGGACUAGGAGAAUCAACGGCUGCAGUGUCAGCUGUGGACUAACAGAAAAUGGAAAUAACUGCACAGAUUUCCGGACACUCCACAUCAUCGAUUUUUUAUUUAUUAAUUUUUUUUUUUAAUGAAGUCACUGCUCCUUUAAUUGGAUUUUCACAUUAACGAGAAGGGUUCAGACAGGAAGAGGUACGGUCAUGAAAAUGGACUUCCUGUUCUUCAGAUCUGCAUGUACAUGCAGCACAACAUCAUCAAGGACGAUACGAACCUUCGCCAGAGCAGCACUAACACGGGACAAAACGAACUUAAUUUAAACAACAUUGAUUGGUUCCUAUCGAAUGAACUAUGUACAACGUCUCAAAAGGAAUCGUGUUGUCAGACGUGGAAUCUAACCAUGGGGAAAUAAGGAAACAUGGUGAAGAUAAAGAAGAUGCUUUUGAAGCGAACUGAGGUAGAAACUAUUUACUUGAAAUCACAUGCACGAACAAUUUGUGAGAUGCAUCCUAAAGUUUAUCUGCCCCCAAAAACAACACCACGCUACCGGGACAGGUGUGUGUGAGUAUGCAUACGUGAAUAUGUGUCUUCAGGCCAGCAGUGUCACGUUUAAAAGUUUCAGAUCACGCGCUAUACCAAAACAUAUUAUGGCACGAAUGGAAAAGUUGGGCAUGGAAUAAAUCUUGAUUAUUAUGUUAAUUUAUUAUAUAUUUUUUUUCCAACAAACUCAGUAGUCAAAUGAAGUGGGAACAACUAUCAAUGACAAUUACUUGACUGUUGAGGUUAACAUUGUUAAAUAUCUAUUUUUUUAAAGUAUUGUAGGUUUUAUAUACAACGGUAUCGGUUAAACUGGUGAAAGGUUAUUUUUCUAGCUUUUUAAAAUUUUGCUAAAUCAUUUUCAGUUUUCUUUUCUUUCUUCCACUCUGUUUGUUUUGCCUACGGUGAAAAGAAAAUGUGUGUACGUGUAGAAAUUCUGUUAUGAUUUCCUCCUGUAAUUGUUUAUGCGGUACAAACACUGAAAUGCAAAGGUUGCUGCAGGUUUGUGUCUUCAUUUCUUUUAAGCGUUAUAGUUUCAUAAUCACCCAUCACUGAAAGCAUCUACCUCACUGUCCUGAUUGGAUGUUUUACUGUGCUUUUACCUCACUGUGUUGAGUUACGUCAAAUGGUUCACAAGCCUUAUUUCUGGAAACACCUUGAGUAUACACUAUAUCACAUUUGCCCAGACGUUGUCCAUUCUGGUUUUGGGCAGUUAUUUGAUCCAAAAAGCCACAUAUAUUACAAUAACGUAAAGCUUGCAAGUGAAAGCUCGUCUCAACAUGCCCCAUGACAGAAGAGAUAGAAAUGUAUUUUCCCUGCUUUCUAAUGAUAGAGAUAUACAGGCCUAAGAAGUUAAAAUCUGCAACGUGAUACAAUUUAUAUGAUAACGUGAGAGAACUUGAGAGAUGAUACGAAAAUAGAUGUUCCUAGAUGAAAUGUGUGUAUUAUAUAUAAUGUCACUGUUUAAAUAAGAAAUGAUUUCAUUCAGGUCUGUUCAUGAGCACAAAUGUAUCCAUUUCAACUCCUGAAAUCCUGACUUUACAUGCAUACUCUAUGAAUAACUGAAUCAUGAAUGAAUAUCAGCAUCCAGCAAAUAAUUUUUGUCUUCUGUGCAUAAAACACUCUGCUGCUUUGAGGUCUUCCGUGUGAAAGCACAUCAUUUCUUCACAUCGUCUUUUUUUCGCUCUUUCAGUUUAUUCACAAGCUAGUUUUGCUCAUUUAAAAUGUAUCACCUGUUCUCUGCAUUUAAACUGGAUAUUACUACUGUUUAAAAAUAAGACAGACAGAGCUGACGCUGAUUCAUUUAAAGGGACAGUUUAAAUUUCAAUGAAUUAAAUCGCUGAUUCAAAUGAGUUGUUCCCAAAAUAUCUUUUGUAGCAGGCCUGCAUUACAGUUUAUAUCAACUGUACAUACAAAUGUUCAUAUUUUACGAUUAGAUUAGGCCAGAUAUUAACCGUGAUACAAACAUUUAUUUACUAACACAGUCAAGUAAUCCAUAGCAUGCAGAACAAGCAAAGUUUUUAUAAUUAAACUCUAUAAAAUCCUGAAGGGUAGGUGACACCAGAAACUUUUACAGAUGAGCCAAAGAUACACUUAUUCCACAUGCCCUCAGAAAAGCUCAGAAAAAAAAAUGCUGGGUUAAAUAUGGACAGAACCAGCAAUUGAGUUGAUUUGAACCACCAGCUGGGCUAAUGUUUUACGCAACCUUAUGGAUAGUAACCCAAGCGCUGGGUCAGAUCAACCCGAUUGCUAGUUCUGUACAUAUUUUACCCACACAGCACUGGGUUGCACUUAACCCGGCAUUUCUUAGUGUGCAUGAAUGAAUUCUGCUUUGAUUUUGUUAAGCCUGUGCGCUACAAAAUGUGGGGUUAAAUACAACCCAGCGCUGCCAUCCGUAAAAUAUGAACCUAUAUGUAACCCAACCACUGGGCAAAACAACCCAGUCACUGGGUUUAACCUUAUUUUACCCAGCACUGGAUUGUAUUCAUCCCAGCAUUUUUAGAGUGAAUGAAACCGGAAUAGACAUCGAACAUUAAUUCUUAAAAAAAUAAAAAGUUUACCAAUAGCUGCUAAAUUCAUUUAAUAAAUAUUAUUUGCAUAAAAUAACACGGACAGCAACUGAUUUAGUAGCUACGAUAUAAUUGACGUUAAUUUUAGCAUAACUUUGAGCUGAGCUGUAAUUUGAUAAUCCUGUGAAUCAGAUGUUUCUUAUUCGAAAAUGGCAGGUCGAUUCGAAGCAUUGUGCAGAAGGAAAGUGUAAAAAAUACACAAUUGCCCCUGUCUCCUGUAUCUUGUGGCUAUGGAUGUUGCUGACAUUGAUGUUUUGUCAGUUUUGUAGAGCGUUGCAUAUUCACACAGGAUGCGCAUCACAUCAUGGUUCUUCAAAUCGUUCGUGCUCAUAUCGUUCCCUACACGUCCCUGAUAUUCACACUGUUGACUUAGUGCACUCACACAUAACUACUCUGUUGCCUAAGAAAGAAGCGCAACUGUAUGUGCAUUUCUGACAUGUUCCUUUAAUAUCGCCUUAUACAUGAAGUGGUAUAUAUUAAAAGCAGGGAAAUAUAUUCCAUUACACAAGCGCUCCAUUACAUAAGCUGUUUGUGUAUUUAUGAUACCAUUGUGAGAAGUUAUAAAACAGGCAACGUGUUGCAUAGUUCAGUACGGUAUGUGUCUAUUGUCUGUUCAUAGUAAGCAAUAAUGCAUGAUAAAUCAUAUGAACACAAUGACCGAAGUAUCAUUGUUGCUUUGCACAUGAUGUUAACUGGUUGUUUAUGUACAUGUAUUUCUUUACUAGUGCCUUAUAUCAUGUAUCAUAUCAUCAGUGAACGAAACUGAUAUUGCUAUCCAUUGUAGAUCAUAAAUAUUGAGAUUAUGAUGUCACUGA